AUGGCGGGCCUGGCGCCCUGAGAGCCGCCGGUCGUCCUGCUCUCCUCGCGCCCGCGCUCCAGCUCCCGGGGUCGCGGGGCAGCGGCGCGCGCGUCCGCGGGCCGGCCGAGCCCGGCGGCGCCACCGAGCGGGCCGGGGGCCCGGUUCGCGCUCGGCCCCCCCGGGCCCCGGCGUGUUGGGGGCGGCGCCCGAGCCGGGCGGGAGAAGGCGGGAGAGCUCUCGGGGUGCGAGGCGAGGCGAGGGGCGGGCGGCCGGCCGGGCAGCAUGAGUCAGCAGCGGCCGGCGCGGAAGCCGCCCAGCCUGCUCGUGGACCCGGCGGAGGAGACGGUGCGCCGCCGCUGCCGAGACCCCAUCAACGUGGAGGGCCUGCUGUGAGCUGCAAGGAGAAACCAGGUGCCACCGUUAACACUGCGUGGAAAUCUGCUUGGUUAGGUUACCCGCCAUCAAAAAUAAGGAUUAAUUUAGAAGAUAAUGUACAAUAUGUGUCCAUGAGAAAAGCUCUGAAAGCGAAGAGGCCUCGUUUUGAUGUGUCGCUGGUGUAUUUAACUCGGAAGUUCAUGGAUCUUGUCAGAUCUGCCCCUGGAGGCGUUCUUGACUUAAACAAGGUUGCAACAAAACUGGGAGUGCGGAAACGGAGAGUGUAUGACAUCACCAAUGUUUUAGAUGGAAUCGAUCUGGUUGAAAAAAAGUCUAAGAACCAUAUUCGAUGGAUAGGAUCUGAUCUUAGCAGUUUUGGAGCAGUGCCCCAGCAGAAGAAGCUGCAGGAGGAACUUUCCGACUUAUCGGCGAUGGAGGAUGCUCUGGAUGAGCUAAUUAAGGACUGUGCACAGCAGUUGUUUGAGUUAACAGAAGACAAAGAAAAUGAAAGACUAGCAUACGUGACGUAUCAAGAUAUUCAUAGCAUUCAAGCCUUCCAUGAGCAGAUUGUAAUUGCGGUUAAAGCUCCGGCAGAAACCAGAUUGGAUGUUCCAGCUCCCAGAGAAGAUUCUAUCACAGUGCAUAUCAGGAGCACCAAAGGGCCUAUCGAUGUGUAUUUAUGUGAAGUGGAGCAGGGCCAUUCAAGUAGUAAAGGGGCAGACGGUGUAGGGACCUCUUCAUCUAAAAGCAGACGCCCGGAACACCCUCCCCCUGAGAAAGAAGAAAAUCCUGCACAGCAAAGUGAAGAGUUGCUCGAAGUGAGCAACUGAUGGCCCUUGAGGAUCCGCGCCCUGAGCCCUUGGGGACGUUCCGUGUGGGUGAAUCAUGCAGCAGAUGCGCUUCUCAGAGCAAGGAGUCGUCCCUGACGUUUCCUCAGUCCCAGUAGCCACAGGAAGGCCAGGAGUACCUUCGAGUACUCGAAGGUAGUUCACUACUUAGAUUACUGGGUAAUUAUGGUUUCUGCAUUUGAAAACAACUCUUUUUAUAAUUAUUCACUGCUUUUUGUCAGUGAAAUAGACAUCUUGCCUACUGAAAUUACUAAAUCACUGAGUAUUGCUGAAACAGACGGGCAGGCUGGACGGACAGUUCUUUGUGGAUCUGCCUGCCCUGUGCUGCACAAAUCAUGUGUCAUUAUCACAAAAGAAAUUGCCUUACACGGGUUCAUGUCUGCAAUGAACGGGUGUACGCACGCAUCUGGACGUGAUGUCUUUGUAUAUAUUUGUAUAAUGUUUAGAUCACUUAUGAAAUGUCUAAGUGAAACUUUUCACCCUGUACAGCCAAAAUAAUGUAUAUAUGGAAAGUAACAGACAUAUUCUCUAAUUUCUGUGGUAUCUAUAACUUAUUAGAAUCCUCUGAAUGAGGGUUAGAGGAGAGUUUUUUCCAAACUUCUACAUGUAGAAGUAUCAUAAAUACAUUUAAAGUUCGUGGAUUUAAUGAAAGUAUUUCAGUAUGGUUCCCAGCACUAAAAUUGGACUUCAAGCUCCCUGCAGAGUCAUUGUGUCCAAACAGACUGGUGGCAUGCCCCCAAGCUUUGGGGGCAAGUGUACAAAUGCGAUCAGGUCAUGGCUUAAUUCCUUGCAAGACAUGAAUCCAAUCAUGGUGAAAAUUGGAAACUAUUUUAACCUUUUUUGCAAGCAGGUUUUCUAAUAUGUUUCUGUAUGCAGCCUUGCUCUUCAAAGGAGUUUACUUACGAUGCGUUAGUGGUACCCUGCCCUCUCUCCAGCUCUAGUCCCACGUUUCUGAGUACCUAGCUGUUUCUACCUCAUUGGGCAAGUCAUUUACCACUCUGUGCCUCAGUUUACUCAGUAGUUUACCAUUAGACUGUGAGCUCCUUGAGGGACUUUGUCUUAAUCAUUGUUAAACCCAGCGCCUUGCACCACACCUGGCACAGAAAAAGUGCUCAGUAAAUGUUUGAACAAAUCAGUGGAUGAGUGAGUGAGUGAAUGGUAAAAUUAGACUAAUAAUACUUGGCUCAUAUGACGUACAAGGUUCUUGUGUCAUUCAAAUUCAUAUUUUAAACUUCUCUUGCUUCCAGAGAAAGAAUUAAAGCCACGUGAAAUUAAGACCAUGUAUAAAAAGUUAGCAUAGGAGUCAGAAAUCAAGAUCCUGAAAAAUAAUGCUGAGUAUUUGGGAUUCGCACACCCCUGAGCUCCAGCGGCUUUUGCCAGUCCUGUCCCUCUGCUGAACACCAGCCUCCUCCCUCCUCGUGUCCCUGGCGGCUGCCUCUGUCAGCCCGGGGCCGCUCGCUGUGCUGUGCUCCUCGUCUUGGGCACACAUAGUGACUGUGCGGGUUCAGGCAGAAGGUGUGUGUGUAGGUCAGGUAUUCCGUGGAGAAGCCCAGGCUCCGCUUGUAGAUUUGGCGGCUGCUGGUUAUGUGAUGGCUAAACAUCAGAGUAGAUGAGGUCACCUAAUGAGAGGUACAGCAGGAGAAGAGGAGAGGCCCGUUAACCUCUAUUUUAAGGGGAAAUACAGAAGAAGAAGGUGGUGCCCCCAAAACCAACAAAGGCAGCAUGGCCGCAGGUGAUAGUGUCAUUUCUAAGCAGCAGUUCCUUACUUGUGAAAUGUGACAAAUGUUCUACUUUGCAAAUUGUUUUGAGAGUAAAAUGAGAUCAUGUAAACAAAAGUCCUCUGUAAACUGUAGACGUGUUACAUAAAUGAAUCUUUCUCUCCCAUCACUCCAA